GAAACGACAGACCAGCAUCACCCAUCCACACAGCAGCUCCCCCUCUGGCCAACUCUGACACAACAAACGAUUUGAAAUUAAUAAAAGACACACUACGAGUUCUGAAACAGAAGCUAGAUACAGUUACAGAGAACCAGGAAGAGAUCCUGCUACACAUCCGAAGGAUGGGAGGAGUUAGAAGACAGUCUUUGGACAUCGACGUGGCCCAGAGUGUGGAGGAGCUGGUGGGGUUCGAGACGAAGCUUUCAGAGCGGCCAGAGUAUAAAAAGAGAGUGGUACAGCAGCGGGUCCCAAAGGCUGAGGAAGGUGAAGAUUAAAUUGACUCACUCAUUUUCGGAUGAAGAGGAACAGUAAAGCAUUUUCUUGUUAGUUUUCUCGUGUUUUCUUCUUUGAUCAGUUGAUAGUAAAGCAUAUUGGUUUGUUAUUUGAUUUUAAUUAUUUGUAAUUAUCUGCCUAUUGGAUAUUUCUUGUGAGAUCAUUUUAGAUCAGAUUUUUACAAUUCCUCACAAGUCCCGCCCAGUUCCGUAAUUAAUUGCCAUAAUUAUACAUUACUCAAUGAACGAAAUAAUAACCUCCUAAGACCUGAGCUUUGGUGCAGGAAGCCUGAAACGUCCACAUAUGUGGACACCGAGUCUCAGGAGGUUAAAAAUCGAAAUCUUUACUGUACAUUGUGUAAUUCAAUAAGAACAAAAUUAUGUAUCAACGCUCAAUGGAAAACAAACUCACCAACUGAUUGGGGACUGGAUUCAAAAUCACACCGAAAAUCUAAGUAAACAAUUGAAAUCACAGUCUGUUCCAACCUGUGUGAAUUUCAUCACGUCAACUCAUAAUGUGACUCAGUAGUGUGUAUGACCCCACGGGCCAGUAUGCACUCCUGACAACGUCUGGACAUGCUCCUGUUGAGACGGUGGAUAGUGUCCUGGGGGAUCUCCUCCCAGACCUGGAUCAGGGCAUCAGUGAGCUCCUGGACAGUCUGUGGUGGUACUAGGUGGUGUCAGAUGCCCCGAUACAUAACGUCCCAGAGGUUCUCAAUUGGAUUCAGGUCUGGGGAACGUGAGGGCCAGUCAAUGGCAUCAA